AUGCCACGAGGAUUGGGCGCGGCAUCACGGCAGCAUGCUGGCUCGACAGGAGUAGUAGCAGUAGGGAAUCGGGCAGGAGGCCGUAGUGGAAGCUAUGACCCUGAUGAUGGGAUGACGCCCUUGGUGUGGGAGAGCGCUAUGGUCCCUCUAUACGAGGAGUAUAUUGACGUUUGCUGUAGUAUGUACUUUGAUGGUGGCUCGUCCCAGGGGGUCACUGUAGAUGGCCUGAGGGGAUACUUUAGGAGGUUGAUCGAAAGAGAGCGCGCGCGCCCAGCCAAGCCGGCUCCGCUCGAGGCCAUUCCUAAGGAGGCUAUGACGAAGGAAGGGGGUACUGGUAUAGUGGAUGGAGAGGUGAGGAAGGAGACCCUACUGGCUGAGGUGGAGUCGUGCACUGGAGGGCUGCUCACGUCUAGGUUGAGGAAACGCCAGGCUAUUGAUCUAUGGGGUCCUCUCGAUGCCGCAUUGUUCCUGGCUGGCUUGUCACGGUAUGGUCGUAAUUGGCAUAGGAUUGGGAACCUCACUGAGGGGAGGAAAGAUGCGAAGGAUGUUGCUGAUAUGUGCGCUGGUCUUUACUGGGCUAUUUCGCGCGCGGCACGAAAUUGUCAGGUUGACCGCAGUUCAGGGGAGUCUGUAGGGAUGGAUAACCAUCAUGGCAGAGACUAUGGGGGAGGGACCUCUGGUGGAGGGGUAAAGGGCAUAUCCCUAACCCCUCAGGGAGGGGGGUCUUCGGAGGGUUGGGGUAGUAGUAGCAGCAAGAGGCGUAGUCCACUACUGGGGGAGUCCCCGAGUAGUCCGAUGAACAUGUCAAUAGUGGUGAAGUGUAGAAUGAUGAUGGAGGAGAUGUCGGUAGAGUUGCAGGAGAUGAAGGAUUCUAAGUGCGAGCUAGAGAGGAAGGUCAGAGCAAUGGAGAUAGAGUGUGCUAAUCUACGAGAGGACUAUCAGAAGGAGUUCCAUCGGCGACGAGAACUACAGAGCGAAUUACAAGAAGCAGAGAUAGUCAAGGGGGAUCUCGAGGCCCAGAACGCUUCUCUCCAUCGUAAACUACAGCUCGUCGAAUCGAGAGCAUCGGAGAACGAAAAGCAAUGCGAAGAGGUCAGGGAAGAGCUGAAGGAAGUCACCGCUAGGCUAUCGGAGGCGACUACGGCUAAGUCGCGGGCCGAGGAGGAGAUAAGGGCCUUGAAGAAAGAACUGUGUGAAACGGGAGAUCGCCUAGUGGAAAUUGAGGAGGUCCGCUGCAAGGACCUGGAAGACUACCGAGGGCAGUUGAUGGAGGCAGAGCGGCAAUGGCGAGAAGAACUAGAUGCGAAGUAUGAGGAGAUUGCUCAGUUGACGGACACUUUGAGUGAGACGACUGAUGCUCUCGAGGCCCAGCGGGUGGAAAACGAGGUGCUUACGGAGAGGAAGGGCAGGGAUGAUGAUGAGUAUGCGAAUGAGGCUAGGCAGUUACAACACCAUAUAAGGAUCCUCGAGGGGGAGUUGAAAUCAUCAUCGCAGUCGGCAAGGCUUGUGGCGGAGAACGAGAGGGAUAAUGCGGUGUUUGCUAGGGAGCAGGCGUUGGAGGUUGAGGCUAGUCUGAGGAAGGAGUUUAAUGAUAAGUUGGGGCAACAGAAGGAGAAGUACAAGCGGAAGAUACACGAAUUGGAGGAGGAGUUGCGGAAAAGGAAGGAAUAUGAGGCUCGCAUUAAGGAGCUGCUCAAGACUGAGACUAGCCUCCUCCGCCGUAUGAACGAUGCGAAGGCCCUCUCGGAGGACCCCUGCGUUGUCGUCACCGCCAGCAGCCCUCGGUGUCACCAUGGUCAUCGAUUCCGAGACUGUUGCAUUCAUCGCCAGGGUGUUGUCGAAGUAUCUCCUCGGCCUCGUUCGCCGACCUGUCUAGCAGUGGUAGAGGAGUGUCCGAAUGCAUCGGCCGCCCGGUAUGUGGAGGAGCAGAUGAGGAAGGUUGAGAGGAGAAUUCUAUUGGGUUUGAAGCACCGUAGGGCGAGGAGUAGUAGUCGUGGUGGUGGACGAUAUGACUCAUCAGGGAGGGGCCGACUACAGAAAGAAUGUUCAUGUUAAUUCAACAUCAUCGUGGCUGCCAUAUUUUGUAUGCU